AGCUUGGCCCUAGGUACUGGUCCAGAAUAAGCGUCCGGUAUCGCUCCCCCUGACAUGAGUCAUGUUGGUCCAUAUACAUAUGUCGCUAUCACAUAAAACGCCCACCCCUGUUGUCGGGAAGCAAUAUCUGUGGGAAUAAUGCGUUUGACCUGGCUCUUUUCGCUUAUCACAUACUUAUCGUGACAUGUAUCGAAAACACCCUAUUAGUCGGGCUGGCAAUGCCCUGGUUCGUACUGUACGAUGUCAACAAACCUCGCUUGCUCGGUCGUGUAUCUGGUCUGCGAAGAUAGGGGGCAUUGGACGAAGGAUGACUACGGUUGCGACACAGUCGAUAAAAGCAGAAUCCCCAUCGAGUGCAACCUUUCGCCCGACAGGCGCAGAGUAUAAUGUGUCUUCAGCAAGCCAAACAUCAAUGGAAGUGGAUGAAUCGUUUGUUGGAAUGACGGGCGGUCAAAUUUUCCAUGAGAUGAUGCGAAGGCACGGUGUUAAACAUAUCUUUGGAUACCCUGGUGGAACUAUCCUUCCGGUCUUCGACGCCAUCUACAAUUCCAAGUAUUUCGAUUUCAUCCUUCCUAAGCACGAACAAGGAGCAGGGCAUAUGGCCGAGGGAUACGCAAGGGCAUCAGGGAAGCCAGGUAUUGUUCUGGUCACCUCCGGACCCGGGGCCACCAACGUCGUUACCCCGAUGCAGGAUGCUCUGUCCGAUGGGACGCCAAUGAUCGUCUUCAGCGGCCAGGUGGCGACCACGGCGAUCGGCAGCGAUGCUUUCCAGGAAGCUGAUAUUCUCGGUAUAUCGCGAGGCUGCACAAAGUGGAACGUCAUGGUGCGCAACGUUGCUGAGCUACCCCAGAGAAUCAAUGAAGCUUUCGAGAUUGCGACGAGUGGUAGGCCUGGCCCGGUCCUUGUGGACCUACCCAAGGACGUGACAGCAAGUAUACUCAGAAAUGCCACCCCUACCGGGUUGGCUAUACCUCGCACCGCGACCUACGCAAACACCGACGCAAACCAAACGUUACUCACCAAGUCGAUCUCUACUGUUGCCAAAUUGAUUAACACCGCCAAGAAGCCCGUCAUCUAUGCAGGACAGGGUGUUAUUCAGUCCCCGGGCGGACCUCAGCUACUCAAGGAGCUUGCUGACAAGGCGUCAAUACCGGUCACAACAACUCUGCAAGGCCUUGGUGCCUUCGACGAACUGGACGAGAAGUCCUUGCAUAUGCUGGGCAUGCACGGCUCAGCAUAUGCGAAUAUGGCUAUGCAGGAAGCUGAUCUCAUUAUAGCCUUAGGUGCACGGUUCGACGACAGAGUGACAUUAAACGUCGCCAAGUUUGCGCCUGCGGCGAGGGCAGCCGCGGCAAAGGGCCUUGGGGGUAUUGUACAGUUUGAAGUGCUACCGAAGAAUAUCAACAAGGUGGUUCAGUCCACUGAGGCUGUUGUCGGGGAUCUCACAGAGAACCUGACACACCUACUACCCCAUGUGAAAAGGACCAGCAUGGCCGAAAGGCGAGAAUGGUUUCAACAAAUCAACGAGUGGAAAGCAAAGUGGCCGUGGAGUGCUUACAAUCGGGAUGAACGACCACAUUUGAUCAAACCGCAGUAUGUCAUUGAGGAACUGAGUAACCUCACCGCAGAUCGCAAGCAAGAGACCAUCAUUACUACGGGCGUUGGUCAACAUCAGAUGUGGACUGCUCAGCACUUCCGUUGGCGUUAUCCCCGUAGUAUGAUUACUUCUGGUGGUCUUGGUACGAUGGGCUUUGGCCUUCCCGCUGCUAUCGGCGCCAAGGUAGCGCGUCCAGAUGCGCUUGUAAUCGAUAUCGAUGGGGACGCAUCGUUUAGCAUGACCUUGACAGAAUUGACCACCGCCAGUCAAUUCAAUAUCGGGGUCAAAGUUAUCGUUCUAAACAACGAGGAGCAAGGAAUGGUGACCCAGUGGCAAAAUCUCUUCUACGAGGAUCGAUACUCACACACACACCAGCGUAACCCAGACUUUAUGGGCCUGGCAGCCGCAAUGCACAUUCAACAUCGACGUGUCAGGAAACCGGAAGACGUCGUUGAGUCUCUCGAGUGGCUUAUCCACACGGAGGGCCCGGCUCUGCUAGAGGUUAUCACCGACAAGAAGGUGCCAGUGCUACCAAUGGUACCUGCAGGCUCAGGGCUGCACGAGUUCAUUACGUGGGACGCACAUAAAGACAAGGAGAGGAGAAGUCUGAUGCAGGACAGAACAUGCGGGCUCCACGGAUGAGCUUGGAAACAGCCUUCUGGACAACGCAUCACACCUGUGUACAUGUAGCUAAAACGUGAUAUUAUAGGAGCAGUGUUAAUCAAGCAUGCUACACAGUUGACAUGCUCCACCUGAGACCAUCAACUCAGUUCUCUAAAUAUUUCCCUAUAUGUGUACUUCAU